GGUUUGCGCGCAGCAGCGCGAAGAGGCGCCGUUGGCGUACUGGCUGGAACUGACGGGAAUCGACCGCGCGUGGAAAAGAAGUGUGUGCGAGCGGGAGGUGGUGGUGGGAGUGGUGGACACUGGGGUGUCUGUACACCACCCGUCGCUGGAGCGGAACAUUUGGGUCAACGAGUUCGAAGUGCCGAACAACGGAGUGGACGACGACAGAAACGGGUACGUGGACGACAUAAACGGGUUUGAUUUCUUUUUGAAGAGGCCGCAGCUGACGGACCCGCACGGGCACGGGACGCACGUGGCGGGGAUCAUUUUGUGGGUGGUGCGCCGCUGCAGCCGCCAGCAGCAGCAGCAGCAGCAGCAGCAGCGGCAGCGGGAAAAAAGCAGCAUUUUCUCCCGGAAAAAGCCCCGAAACAAAAGAAAAAGAAGUGGAUCUUUCCAGAAGACUUCUCGUCACUUUUAA